AUGGAGGAUGAGAUGCGGCCAGUGAGACAGCCGCAGAGGAGACUGACACCGAACCUGGAGGCUGUGGUUCGGGCAGAGAUCGUGAAGCUGUUGGACGCGGGGAUCAUCUUCGCCAUUUCCGACAGCGAGUGGGUCAGUCCCACCCAGGUGGUACCCAAAAAGGGUGGGAUGACUGUGGUGCCUAACGAGAAGAAUGAGCUGAUCCCGAUGCGCACGGUGACUGGGUACCGUGUCUACAUUGAUUACCGGCGUCUCAACGACGCCACUCGGAAGGACCACUUCCCGCUACCAUUCAUUGAUCAGAUGCUGGAGCGACUGGCGGGGCACGAGUUCUACUGUUUUCUGGAUGGGAUGUCCGGGUACUUCCAUAUCCCGAUUGCACCGGAGGACCAGGCGAAGACCACUUUCACCUGCCCCUUCGGCACCUUUGCAUACCGGAGGAUCCCAUUCGGGCUAUGCAAUUCCCCUGCGACUUUUCAGCGUUGCAUGCUCGCCAUCUUUGACCGUCUGGUCGGCGAGAUUAUGGAGGUUUUUAUGGACGAUUUCUCGGUUUAUGGAGACUCAUUCUCUCACUGUCUCCAUAACCUGGAGCUUGUCCUUAGACGGUGUGAAGAAACGAACCUGGCACUGAGUUGGGAGAAGUGUCACUUCAUGGUUCGAGAAGGCAUAGUUCUUGGGCAUAAGAUCUCCAAGAUGGGGAUUGAGGUGGACAGAGCGAAGAUUGAGACUAUCAGCAAGCUGCCUCCUCCUACAUCUGUUAAGGGGAUCCAGAGUUUUCUUGGUCAUGCAGGGUUCUACAGGCGGUUCAUCAAGGAUUUCUCGAAGAUUGCUCUGCCCCUGACGAAGCUUCUAGAGAAGGAUGCUCCCUUCCAGUUCACUGAUGCAUGCACAGCGGCUUUCAGGACCUUGAAGGAGAAGCUCACCCAGGCUCCUAUCAUGGUUGUUCCUGACUGGUCCUUACCAUUUGAGAUUAUGUGCGAUGCCAGUGACUUUGCUGUUGGAGCUGUGUUGGGGCAGAGGCGUGAUCAGCAUUUCCGACCCAUCUACUACGCCUCGAAGACCUUGAAUGAUGCCCAGGAGAACUACACCACCACGGAGAAAGAGCUGCUCGCGGUGGUGUUUGCCUUCGAUAAAUUUCGCCCCUAUCUGGUCUUGUCCCAUGUGAUUGUGUAUACUGAUCACUCCGCGAUUCGAUACUUGAUGAGCAAGGCUGAUGCAAAGCCUAGGCUCAUACGAUGGAUGUUACUGCUGUAG